AUGCACCAAAUUGCCAUGUUUGCUGGGUGUAAAACCAUGACCUCUGCUGUCCUUGUUCACUGCCUGUGCCAGAAGACAGGGGACGAGCUCCUGGAGAUGUCGCAGAAGAUGAAAUUUCUCACUGUUGAUUUAUCUGGAGAACCCAGAGAGAGUCAUCCCUUCCUGCCCGCUGUGGUUGAUGGAGUGGUGCUGCCAAAGAUGCCUGAAGAGAUUCUGGCUGAAAAGACAUUCAACACUGUUCCCUAUACCGUCGAAAUCAACAAGCAAGAGUUUGGCUGGUUUCUUCCAAGGAUGAUGGGCUACCCACUCUCUGAAGGCAAGCUGGACAAGAAGACGCCCACGUCACUCUUGUGGAAGUCCUACCCCAUGGCUAACAUCCCUGAGGAACUGACUCCAGUGGCCACUGAGAAGUAUUUAGGAGGGACAGACGACCCUGUCAAAGAGAAAGACCUGUUCCUGGAUUUGAUGGGAGAUGUGAUGUUUUGUGUCCCAUCUGUGACCAUGGCCCGUCUCCACAGAGAUGCCUGAGCCCCCACCUACACGUAUGAGUUUCAGUAUCGCCCAAGCUUCUCAUCAGACAUGAAACCCAAGACAGUGAUAGGAGACCAUGGAGAUGAGCUCUUCUCAGUCUAGGCCCAGUUUCUAAAAGAGGGUGCCUCAGAAGGGGAGCUCAAACUCAAGAUGGUGAUGAAAUUCUGGGCCAACUUUCUCUCAACCGGGAACCCCAGUGGGGAGGGGCUGCCCCAUUGGCCAGCAUAUGACCAGAAGGAAGGGUACCUGCAGAUUGGCAUCACCACCCAGGCAGCCCAGAAGCUGAAAGACUAGGAAGUGGCUUUCUGGACCGAGCUCCUGGCCAAAGAGGCAGUGGAGAAGCAACAUCAGACAGAAUAUGUUGAGUUCCGAAUGGGUGGCCCAGAUGGCCUCAGGGGCCUUGGGGAGCUAGUAAGGGGGUAUUCGACAGAUAGUGUUUAUGGACCAAAGAGGCAUCUUAUUGUGGAGGCUGGGGAUUUGUCUGGUGGGAGUAGGCAGGGGCCAGGGUGGGGGAAUUUCUGUAUAUGUGGCCUCAAUUUUGGGAGUAAAUGUUCUUUUGGAGACCAAGUCAGUGUCUGUGUCUUGGGCUGGAGGUUAAGCCAUCAUCCUUAG